AAUUUUAUUACAGUGGAUUUACAUUUCAGUCGUUUGGUGAAUGUGAUAUGGGAAAGGCUGUUGUCGGUGAUCCUCUGUGAUGGUGCUCUCAGCGUACAUGCACAUCAACUAGAAAAGUAGUCAACCUCAAUGAGACUUCUUCCUCUUCUGCAUUGACUAGUAGUGGCACGUAGUCCUAAGGGCUCUGGUUUUAUUUUUAUUAGUGAAGAGGGAAGCAGUACACUCUUUUCGGAUAAUUUUAAGAUGACGGCAGUUAGUGAGAUUUGGGUAUCCUGGUUCGGAUGUUGCGUUCCUCAGCCACAAAAGAGGCGGCGGAUUCGAAUCGAUAGAUCGAUGAUCGGUGAACCGACGAACUUCCAACACACUGCACACAUAGGGAGCAGAGACGUAGAAAUGCCCAACGAUCAAUUAACGGCUCUGCAGAUGCAGAUGCGGAGUAAAGGGGGCUACGAAUCUUCGUUUAAAGAUCCAGACUGGUGCAACUGAUAGGAAGAAAUGGAGGAAUCGCUCAUUCAUUUUAACAAUAUUUAUAAAUAUUAUACAUAUUACAUAUAUAUAUAGAAUAAGUAUUAAGUAUUUUUUUCUU